UAGGCUAGGAAUAGUCAAUACAACCCCAACUCCUCCUCCCCCUUCCCCUUUGUAUAUGAAAGUAAUGGCUUCAGCUACACAUAUCCUCAACUUCUCUCUGCUCCGCUCUUUCUCUCUACGUCCUCGGGGUUUUCUCUUCCUUUUCCUCUAGAGACCUUCAAGUUCUGGUUCGUGGGUUUUAUGUUUUGGAGCAAAGCUACGCAGAGAGGCACUCUGGGGAGUUGCAUAUUCCAUUUUUCUUUUAUAUAUAUUGGAAGGUUAUUUUUGUUUAUGUGCAAUGGCUACGGCACCGGUGAAGUCUCAGCCACUGCACAACUUCUCCCUCCCUUUCUUAAAAUGGGGAGGCAAGAGCCACACCAACACCGCCACUCGCUGCCGCCGAACCGUCUCACCGGUUUCCUCCGAACCAGACUCCGACCAACACGACUCCGACCCGCCCGCUCGCCUCGGAUCCCGUUCAUCGCGCAACCGAUUCGGAUUCUUUCCUUGCUACCAUGCCGACAGGCCUCAGAAGCAGCCGGGGCGAGGAGAGAGCGGCGCAGAAACAGAUGACGUCGGACAUAGGAUGCUGCAACCCGCCGAGGAGGAGGAGGAGGUGGUAGAGGAAGCCGAAGCCGCGGCCGAGGAAGCGGCGCAGAAGCCGUGGAACUUGAGGCCGAGGAAGACCGUACAGAGGGGCACAAUGAUUGAGAUUCUUACGGAGAAUACCGCUAGUGCGGUGCUUGCGAUUCCAGCCGCUCCGAAGCAUCAGAGCGAAAACGCGCAGCCGAAGUCGCUGCGGCUUCGGGGGAUAGCGGCGGAGUCGCACUGCGCGGAGAAGAAGGAGAAAAGGAAGUUCUGGAUCGCGUUGUCCAAGGAGGAGAUCGAGGAGGACAUUUUUGUCAUCACUGGGUCCAGGCCCGCUCGCCGGCCCAGGAAGCGGCCCAGGAAUAUCCAGAAGCAGAUCGACAAUGUUUUUCCCGGGUUGUGGUUGGUGGGGACGACGGCUGAUUCGUAUCGGAUGACCGAAGCUCCCGCAAAGAGGUAGGAGACACGACCACAAAAAAUCAUGAUUUUGUGAACUCUUGAAAGGUUAGAGACAUUGCUUCUGCAAAAUUGAGUCUUCAAUUGGAGGUAUAAUGCAUUUUGUUAAAAAGAGGAAAUCAAGUUAUCAAUGGAAGGAAGAAAAUAAAAAAGAAAAAAGAAGAAGAGGGAUUAAUUUCUCUGUCCUUUAUUUUUUUUUUCAUUUUAUGUUGCGCAUUUGGAGUAUAUUUCUCGAAGUGCAGUUAAGUUGUCGUUUACAUGUAGUAAGUAGUUUGAAGAUGUAAACAUGAAAAUAUAGUGGAAUGAAUAUUUGUGUGUGCCUGUGUACGGUUUUGCGACUU